CAAAAUAUUUCCCUCUCUGUCCCUCUCUCUCACUUUCACUUUCACCUUCGCCUUCCACUCUUCCCUCGCAGUGAAGACCGAAGCCCACGACCGUUGUCUAGCGUUUCUCUAGGCGCACUCGUCACCGGCGCCACCUCAAUUUGAUUUUUGUCUGGUUUGUAGUUUUGGUGAUUGGGUGGGAUUUGGUGCUUCUAGAUCUAAGUUUGGUUGACACUGCGUUGCUGCUCUGCACAUCAAGCUCCGAACUACUGUGGGAACAAGACAAAAACACCUGGGCGUGGGGCACCGUCUGCAAAGUCUAGGGCUUUUCAUCCGAAUCAUUUCAGGCCAUUGAAGCGGCGGGUCUUUAUGAUCAUCAAGGUAAGUGCAACCUUGAUGUGAAAUUUGCAAGAUACUCAUGGAGAUCAAAGUCAAUAGAUUAUUACAGCCUACAGGGUUUGCAAAAGACCACAAUCCAACAGAUUUGGCAGCAUUUGAAAGAGGUAUCUACACUUUUCUGCCGUCAAAUGCUUGUCUUCUCCGAGAUUAUGUAUACCCAUUGGUUCGUCGUGAACCAAAUUUAUUUCCUCAUCCAUUUGUUCACCUAUUACAUGAUCGAAGCGAACUGCCCCUCGAUAUAAAUGAGAUAAGAAGUAGAUUUCCAAGGUUGGACAAGCAGUACUACUUUGUGAUGUUAGAAGGGCCUACAGUUGGUAGAGAGAAUGCGAUUGAGAUCAGAGGAAGUAAAACGUUUUGGAGUCAAGUAGGUGAUGAAGUCCAUGUCGAUGAAUGGGGAUAUUCAUAUGGGGAUGCUACUUUGUAUGAUUACAUACAUGGAGAAAGUGCCAUCAGUUGGAAUAUGGCUGUAUAUCAGGUAGAUCCACAGGGAGUGCUGAAAUGUGGUCCGGUUGAAUUGGGAUUGCAUCAAGUUGAGUUGCGGUGGAAAGCUAUCAAGAUUUUUCCAAAAUAUUCAAAUAUAGAUUUCCGUCCGGAUGCCCUACCAACUCCAGUACCACGGUUAGUAAUGUCAGGUAUGUAUGUUUUUUUGCCUUCAGAUAUUAGCCUUCUUCGAGAUUUUGUAUACCCCUUGGUUCGUCAUGAACCAAAUUUAUUUCCUCAUCCAUUUGUUCACCAAUUACACGAUCGAAGCGAAUUGCCAGUUGAUAUAUAUGAGAUGAAAAGGAGAUUCCAAAUUUGGGACUCAAGUUUCAUUGAUAAGUACUACUUUGUGAUGCUAGAAGGGCCUCCAACUGGUGAAGAGAAUGCCAUAGAGAUUGGAGGAACUAAAGUGUUUUGGAAAAAAAUAGGUGAAAAAAGGACUAUCUAUGAAGGUGGAUUUGCAUAUGGUGAUGCUACAAAGUAUACAUACAUACGCGGAGAAAGGGACAUCGGUUGGUAUAUGAUUAUAUAUCACGUAAAUCUUUUACAAGUGCGAGUAUGUGGCCCAGUGCUAUUGGGAUUGAAUCAAAUUGAGUCUCGUUGGACAGCUAUUAAGAUUUAUCCAAAAUGUGGAUCUAUGCUGGUUUACGAUCCUAUUCCUGGGCCCCUCCCUGUACUGGUACCACCAGCACCACUAAGUGAUGAGUCACCACCACCACCACCACUGUCACCACCAGCAUCAAUAGGUAGUAAGCUCAACUGUCGCCACCCACUAGCAUUAUCAGGCAAUAAGCGCAAUCGGUUCCGUCAACCAGCAUAAUCAGUCAAUAAGGCACCACUAUCAUUGUCGCCAUCACUAUCACCAGCAAAGGAUAGACACAACUAUAUGAGGCAUCAUGGUUAAGAUUGCAUUUCUUGCUAUUAAAAGAAUUUACUUUUAGUAACUCCUUGUUCAUUAAGGUUUUAUGAGUUUUUAUGUGUUAUUAAGAAUCCUUGUU